AUUCGGAGAGCCUUGUCUAUCGAAAAUGGCCUCCGAUAUUACAACAUAUGCUCUGAGCGUGAAGACAUAUAUAUUUUCGCGUUAUCCACCAUGAGGCCAGGCCUUCAAUCUGAGGAAUUAGUUCCAUUUUCACCAUGAUUCAAAAAGAAAGCAAGAUCAGAGUUUCAAUCGAUCGCGGAGGCACCUUCACCGACGUCCACGCCUCUGUACCAGGUAAACCCGAUAUCGUCCUCAAACUUCUAUCCGUGGACCCUUCAAAUUACCAAGAUGCACCCACUGAAGGUAUUCGAAGGGUGUUGGAACUUGCGACGGGGGAGAAAUUCCCACGGGGACGCCCACUCAACCUCAGACACAUCGACAGACUGCGCAUGGGCACGACUGUAGCCACAAAUGCGCUUCUCGAACGAAAAGGCGCCAAAUCUGCUUUUCUCACCACCAAGGGAUUCAAAGAUCUCUUGUUGAUUGGCAAUCAACAACGACCAAAAAUCUUCGAUCUUUCGGCAAAGAAGCCAGGUGUACUGUACGAAAAGGUCGUCGAGAUUGACGAGAGGAUAGUUCCAGUACCCAAGGGUCUUGAAGAUGAUCGAUUUCCAGAAUGUCAGCUGGUGGAGGGCACAACUGGUGAAAAGUUUCGAGUUCUACAAGCACCGGAUUUGGACAGCGUUCAAAAAGUUUUGAAAGAGCUUUGGGAUCAAGGCUACAGAUCUCUUGCUGUUGCCUUUUUACAUUCAUAUGCAUGCCCAGACCACGAGAGGCAGAUCGGAGACCUCGCUACUUCCAUGGGUUUUGCCGUUGCUCUGUCGUCCAAACUGCAACCCAUGAUCAAGGCAGUUCCUAGAGGAAUGUCUGCCUCAGCUGAUGCAUACCUAACUCCCGUCAUCAAGAACUACAUCGACUCAAUUGAUUCAAACUUCGAAGGAGGCUUGGACAACUCGCAUGGCGCUCGAUUUGAGUUCAUGCAGUCCGACGGAGGAUUAGUCGACUUUAAAAACUUUAGUGGUCUCAAGGCGAUUCUCUCAGGUCCCGCUGCAGGGGUAGUAGGAUUCGCCGCAACCAGUUGGGAUCAAAACGAGCGCGUUCCCGUCAUCGGCUUCGACAUGGGAGGAACAUCAACAGAUGUCUGUAGGUUUGAUGGCAACUUCGAACACGUCUUUGGAGCAACUAUUGCAGGUAUCUCACUGCAGUCUCCUCAACUAGAUAUCAACACCGUUGCAGCAGGAGGAGGCUCGAUUCUCUCGUGGCGCAAUGGCCUCUUCCUGGUUGGGCCUGAAUCUGCCUCUGCACACCCUGGACCUGCCUGUUAUCGAAAAGGUGGCCCUCUUACCGUCACUGACGCCAAUCUAUUCCUUGGUCGAUUACUGCCAGAAUACUUUCCUAAGAUCUUUGGGCCAAACGAGGAUGAACCUCUAGACACUGAAGUCACAACACAAAAGUUCGAAUCCUUGACGAAAGACAUCAACGCUGAACAGGCCAUGAAAGGCCAACCUCAAUUCACAGCAGAAGAGGUUGCCAUGGGUUUUCUAAGGGUGGCUGACGAAUCGAUGGCUCGUCCUAUUCGAAACUUGACAGAAGCCCGUGGCUUUGAACCCUCUUCACAUCAUCUCGCAUCCUUUGGAGGUGCGGGAGGUCAGCAUGCUUGCUCAGUCGCAGCUGUACUCGAUAUCUCGAGGAUUGUCAUUCACAAGUACUCAUCCGUACUCUCUGCCUACGGGCUCGCCCUAGCAGAUGUAGUCACGGAAGCACAAGAGCCCGUGGCUGUGGAAUAUACUAAAUCGGAGUCUCUCUUGCAGGAGAGAUUCCAUGGGAUCAUCCAACGGUCGACAGUCGAUUUGGAAGGCCAAGGAUUUCGGUCAUAUCAAAUUCAACACCAGUUAUAUCUCAACAUGCGAUAUGUGGGUUCUGACUCCAACCUUAUGAUCCUCAAGCCAGAGGAUGGAGACUUUGCCAGAGAGUUUGCCGACCGACAUCGUCGAGAAUUUGGUUUCACUUUCGACAAGCCUCUUCUCGUCGACGAUGUGCGGGUGCGUUCGACAGCUUCGUCCAACGACGUGUCAGAAGUCAGUCCAGCAGAGCAGUUGAAGAACGCCCAUCUCACAGACAUAUCUGUUGGAGGCGUAGAGAAGAAGAAGGUCUACUUCGAAAGUACCGGUUACAUGGACACGCCGAUCUACAAGCUGAACGCCAUCGAGAGAAACACCCGCAUCCAGGGUCCUGCCAUCAUCAUUGAUGAGACCCAGACCAUCGUUGUCGUCCCCAACGCGGUUGCAAACGUCCUUGAAACCUGUAUUGUCCUCGACUUGAAUGUAGAGAAGUCUCAAAAGUCAGCAGUGACAACCCAGGUGCAGGGUAUUGAAGAAGUUCCCAUCAAUCCAGUCCGCCUCUCCAUAUUCGGUCACCGUUUCAUGUCCAUUGCCGAACAGAUGGGUCGCACGCUACAAAAGACCGCUGUCUCUACCAAUAUCAAGGAGAGACUCGAUUUCUCAUGUGCCUUGUUCUCUCCAGACGGUGGAUUGGUCGCUAAUGCACCUCACAUCCCAGUGCAUCUUGGAUCGAUGCAAUUUGCAGUCAAGUAUCAACACCAGAGAUGGCUUGGGCAGUUAAAGGACGGUGAUGUCCUGAUGUCCAACCACCCAAGCUGUGGAGGCACUCACUUGCCGGAUAUCACCAUCAUUACACCAGUGUUUGACCGACCUGGAGGAACGGAAAUCGUCUUCUACGUCGCCGCUCGUGGUCAUCAUGCAGACAUCGGCGGUCUGUUACCUGGGUCCAUGCCACCAAAGUCAACCUUCUUAUGGGAGGAAGGGGCUGCUAUUGAGGCCGAGAAAAUUGUCAGCGACGGAAUCUUCGACGAAAAGAGGGUUAUCCAGCUCCUGCUCGAAGAGCCAAGCAAGUUAGAAGGUUGUUCAGGAACGAGAUGUCUUGCGGACAACCUGUCAGACUUGAAGGCACAAAUCGCCGCCAAUACCAGGGGUAUUCAGCUGAUUCAGAGCUUGAUAUCUGAGUAUACCCUCGUGGUCGUUCAGGCAUACAUGUAUGCGAUUCAAUCAACCGCCGCAGUCGCCGUUGGUCACCUUCUGAGAGACCUGUACGACCGGUUUGAUGGGGAACCCCUGGAGGCACUGGACUACAUGGAUGACGGAACACCCAUUCAGCUGAAGAUCACGAUUGACCGAGAGGCUGGCAAGGCAGUCUUUGAUUUUGACGGUACCGGCCCAGAGGUGCUCGGCAACACCAAUGCACCAGUUGCAGUGACCAACUCAGCCAUCAUCUACUGCCUUCGAUGCAUGAUCGACUCAGACGUGCCGCUGAAUCAAGGAUGUCUCAACCCAAUUGAGAUCAAGGUCCCUCCACGAUCAAUUCUAUCUCCUUCACGAGCAGCCGCAGUCGUUGGAGGAAACGUCGUCACCUCACAGCGCAUCACCGACGUGGUCCUCAAGGCAUUCCGCGCCGCCGCAGCAUCGCAGGGCGACACCAGCAACCUGACAUUCGGACGAGGUGGCAGAUCUACAGAAGACGGCAAACAUGUCGACGGCUUCGGCUACUACGAGACCAUCUGCGGAGGCUCAGGCGCUGGACCGACAUGGAACGGCCAGAGCGGCGUACACACCCACAUGACCAACACCCGCAUCACAGACCCAGAGAUCCUGGAGAAGCGCUAUCCUUGUCUGCUUCGCCAGUUCUCGCUCCGACAGGGUUCGGGCGGUGUGGGUGCUCGUUGUGGUGGUGACGGUGUCACUCGCGACAUUCAGUUCCUUGAACCUCUCCAGUGCUCUAUUCUCAGCGAAAGGAGAGUGUUCCAGCCCUAUGGAAUGGAAGGAGGUGGUCAGGCUCAGCGUGGUCUCAAUCUGUGGAUCACCAAGGACGAUGUCUCUGGAGAGGAGAGGACGGUGAAUAUGGGUGGGAAGAAUACUGUUAAGGUCAAGGCUGGAGAUCGUGUUAUAAUCAAUACACCUGGCGGUGGAGCAUGGGGUGCGGUUCAGGCAUAGAAUAGAGUCUUGGUGAGAGGUCUCAUAAAGCUUAUAUUGUAACGAUAUUAUACCGAUUUACAUCAACAAAUGUUGUGUCCAAGUCUUGAACAGAACAUCAAGUGAAUGAGAAUCAUAGGAUGC